ACACACACACAAGCCACAGGGCCUCGCAAGCAGGGAACCGGCUCCAGAAUCCGAGCGAGGCAGCUUUGCUGAGAGCGGCGGGAGGAGGCGAGCCAGCGGGGGGGAGCCCUCGGUUCCGCUCCCGGGCCGGGGGCCCCCCGCGCACACCGGCCCAGAGACACCCUCGCAGACACUCGUAGGCGCGCACGCGCACCCUUUCCCCUCCUCCUCCCCUCCCGCCGCCUCCCGGCCGGACGAUGGAUCCCUGCAGAUCCCGGGGCUGAGAGCACCGCGCAGCGCCAGCGCGCCGAGCCCGGGGCGGACCGAACCGAGCGAGCAAGCGCGCGCGGGCGGCGGACCGAGCUGAGCCGAGCCGGCCGGGCGGGCCGCUCCCUGCAGGGCUCUACGCGGGUGCCGCGGCGGCCGGCGGCUCGGGCUCCGGGCCAUGAGCCCCUCCGCGGCGCGGCGCUGAGCCCACGGACGGCCUCGCGCCCCAGGACCUGCAGCGGCCGCCGGCUUUCCCCAACCCCCUCAGGACCCCCUUGGCAAGGAUGGAACUGAAGACCGAGGAGGAAGAGGUGGGUGGUGUCCAGCCGGUGAGCAUCCAGGCUUUCGCCAGCAGCUCCACGCUGCAUGGUCUUGCUCACAUCUUCUCCUAUGAGCGGCUGUCUCUGAAGCGGGCACUGUGGGCCCUGUGCUUCCUGGGUUCGCUGGCCGUCCUGCUGUGUGUGUGCACAGAACGUGUGCAGUACUACUUCUGCUACCACCACGUCACCAAGCUCGACGAGGUGGCUGCCUCCCAGCUCACCUUCCCUGCGGUCACGCUGUGCAACCUCAAUGAGUUUCGAUUUAGUCAAGUCUCCAAGAAUGACCUGUACCAUGCUGGGGAGCUGCUGGCCCUGCUCAACAACAGGUAUGAGAUACCGGACACACAGAUGGCUGAUGAAAAGCAGCUAGAGAUAUUGCAGGACAAGGCCAACUUCCGUAGCUUCAAGCCCAAGCCCUUCAACAUGCGUGAGUUCUACGACAGAGCAGGACACGACAUUCGAGACAUGCUACUCUCCUGCCACUUCCGAGGGGAGGCUUGCAGCGCCGAAGACUUCAAAGUGGUCUUUACGAGGUAUGGAAAGUGUUACACUUUCAACUCGGGCCAAGAUGGGCGGCCACGGCUGAAGACCAUGAAAGGUGGGACUGGCAACGGCUUGGAGAUCAUGCUGGAUAUUCAGCAAGAUGAAUACUUGCCUGUGUGGGGAGAGACUGACGAGACGUCCUUCGAAGCAGGCAUCAAAGUGCAGAUCCACAGUCAGGACGAGCCUCCUUUUAUCGACCAGCUGGGCUUUGGCGUGGCCCCAGGCUUCCAGACAUUUGUGUCUUGCCAGGAGCAGAGGCUCAUCUACCUGCCCUCACCCUGGGGCACCUGCAAUGCUGUUACCAUGGACUCGGAUUUCUUCGACUCCUACAGCAUCACUGCCUGCCGGAUUGAUUGUGAGACACGUUACCUGGUGGAAAACUGCAACUGCCGAAUGGUGCACAUGCCAGGAGAUGCCCCCUACUGCACUCCAGAGCAGUACAAGGAGUGUGCAGAUCCCGCCCUGGACUUCCUAGUGGAGAAAGACCAGGAAUACUGCGUGUGUGAGAUGCCCUGCAACCUGACCCGCUACGGCAAGGAGCUGUCCAUGGUCAAGAUCCCCAGCAAAGCCUCAGCCAAGUACCUGGCCAAGAAGUUCAACAAAUCUGAACAGUACAUAGGGGAGAACAUUCUGGUGCUGGACAUUUUCUUUGAAGUCCUCAACUAUGAGACCAUCGAGCAGAAAAAGGCCUAUGAGAUCGCAGGGCUCUUGGGUGACAUCGGGGGCCAGAUGGGGUUAUUUAUCGGGGCCAGCAUCCUCACAGUACUGGAACUCUUUGACUAUGCCUACGAGGUCAUUAAGCACCGGCUGUGUAGACGUGGGAAGUGCCAGAAGGAGGCUAAGAGGAGCAGCGCAGAUAAGGGCGUGGCGCUCAGCCUGGAUGACGUCAAAAGACACAAUCCCUGCGAGAGCCUCCGAGGACAUCCUGCCGGGAUGACGUACGCUGCCAACAUCCUACCUCACCAUCCCGCAAGAGGCACGUUUGAGGACUUUACCUGCUAAGCCCUCGCAGGCCGCUGUACCAAAGGCCUAGGUGGGGAGGGCUGGGGGAGCCAGGGGCCCCCAACUGCCCCCAGCUACCCUGGGGACUUAACUGCGUUCCUGGGCAGUGGUUCCCUCUUGUCUGUGGUGAGGAAGGAGUCUUGACCAUAGAGUCCUCUCCCAGCCUCUAUCCCAUCUUUUUAUUUUAAUGAAAUUAAACUAAUAUAAAGAGAAAGAGAGAGAGAGAUCGGCCGCGACCUCAGGCUGCCCCUCUGCUCCAUGCUGCCUCCCCUAGCUCCAAGGCUGAAUUCUGUCUGUCUGGCUGUCUGUCAUCUGAGUGUCCGCCUACAUUCUGCUGCCUCCAGUCACCAAAGCCCCCUCCUAGUGAGGGGUGGAGGGGAUCUCUAGGGUCUGAAAUUUGGCCCCAAACCAGAGAAUGUACCUUAAGGGAGAGGGCUGGUGAGGGGGCUUCCCUAGCCUUAAGAGACGCUCUCAGCCGGGUGACUCCCCAUGAGCCCAAGUCUCCAGGUAAGGACUCCAUGCCCAGCUCUGCUCCCUCAAGCAUACGAAAUCUUUAGGGGGCAGAGGAUGUCCUGAAGAAGUAGAGAUGGGGACUACGUGUGGCCCUGGUGCUGUAGGCCACGUCCCCAAUAUCUGUAAGUAACCUCCACCCCAAAGCUGCUGGAGAGAAAUCCCAAGAGGCAGCCCUCUGUGACAUCCCCUAGAAGACCUGGCUGGUUAGCUCCCAGCUCAGGGACAGGGGCACGGCCGCCUGACCUCACUGGCUUCUCUCUCAGAGGCCUUUGCAGAGGGCCACAUCCAUAAAUUUUCUUAUGGAACAAUCCCAAGUCCUCUUCCCCGACUUCACUCGCUUCUCUCGGCAACCUCAUCUGCAUUUUCUAUUUCUAUAUGAUACAGACUCUAUAUUACUAUAACCUUGUAUAUACUUCCCCUCCGACCCUGUCUGUCUCCACCCCAUUCCCUCUUGUCUCUGAGAACCACCCUCCCACCCCAAGUUCUCCCUUCUGUCUCUCCCCCACUCCCCUGUCUCUGAAUGCCUUUGCCUGUAUAAAGAGUUGGAUUCUCCCCUGGUGUCUGUACUGUGUACACACAUCCCUUUGAGAAGCACAAGGAGAUGACACGCGCAUUGUAACCUUCGCACUGUCUCGGUGGCGACAUAAAGGAAGCUGUGAAUUACAAGCUCUGCCUCUUUCUGGCCUCGCCCUUUGCCCCCAUGACCGGGGCACCCUCUGCCCUCCCCACAGCCUUAACACAUCCUACUCCUUGCCCCACCUAUCCCAGUGCCGUUCACCUGGCUGACUAUGACCUCCCCAGGGAAGGGAUUGCUGCAGAGGUAGCUCCUACCCAGGAAUGGAGGACAUUAUGCUAUGCUGGAAACUAAGCCAAGAGUGUUACAGACUGGGGGAGCUGGUGACUCACUCUUGCAGCUGGGCAGUGGGUACCCACAACCAGAAGCUGAGGCCCUCAUUCAGUGGCCUUUCUUUCCUCGGGGUGCCCAGUGCCCUGUCCUCACCUUGAUUACUAGGCCCACCACUUGCAUUUUCUGGUGAGUCAGGGCUUGGUCAUGUGAGGAAAGAGACAGGCCUAGAGAGGGAGUUGAAAGCCCUGCUGCUGUGUGUCUCUCCCGAAAGGGGCCACCAGUUGAGGUAGAGGCACUCCCCACCCCCACCAGGCACCCUUCCCAGGCCAGAGCCCCAUUCCCUUUCCAGGCCUUCUCUGUCCCCACUGUCUUUUGGUUUCCAAUUCCAAAACAGGACUUAUGGGCAGAUCACCUGUGUGCGUUGGCCUGGAGCCAGAGAGUGAGGCUAUAGAAUCUUUGAGACCUCUUGGUUCCCAAGAGUUGUUUAGAGAUCAGAACUCCCCAGAAGGAAACAGAGCAAAGCAGAGAAACAUGCACUGGCUGGGGGCCAGCAGGAGGGGCUCUGGGUGACGCAUGCCUCUGGUCUAAUAAACUGGGUCUCAACCAUCUCUUCA